UGGACAGUAAGUUAACGUCACUUCUUUCAGUUUAUUUUGUUAACACUGCCCACUGCUUCACACUCUAUUGCAUAUGAUCUCUAUAUCUGAGAAGAAGUUUUGUUAGAUGCUAUAAGAUAUCUAUUAAAGUAAAAAAUAAAAAGGAAGCGUUUCUUUUUGUGUUCUCAAGAGAGCGUGAGUGAAAAGUGAAAAACCGAAACUGGAAAAUGAAAUCAACUAAAAAUACCAAGCGCUGACGCCGAGUAUUUUCUGAAGCGAGAGAACCGCAUCCUGUUUCGAACUGCCGUUUGACACUGAGAGAACUGCGUUAUGUUUCUGUGGUGAAGCUACACUGUAGAAGCUGUUCCGCUCAAACUGAAUUGAGAAGGGCAAACUAAUUCUGGUGAUAUGAUUCAGGAAAGUGAAACAUGUUCACAUACACAGUGGCGGUCUUGUCACACGACUAACAGUCGCUCCAAAAUUGCUUUGCGUCUGAUAACAUGGCCGAGUCUAACAGGAGAAUUGUUAUCUUGGGGAAAACUGGAGUGGGGAAAAGCAGCGUGGCUAACACCAUAUUUGGAGAACAACUCUUCAAAACUAAUAACACCGCAAUAUCUGAAACAAGUAAAUGUCAAUCAAAAAUGAAAACCAUCAAUGGAAGAAGCAUCACUCUGAUCGACACUCCUGGUUUCUUCGACACAGCUAUAUCAGAGGAGGAGCUGAAGCCUGAGAUAUUAAGGUGUAUUAUAGAGUGCGCUCCUGGGCCCCAUGCUUUUCUCAUUGUGCUUGAAGUGAGGAAAUUUACAGAGCAAGAACAGGCGGUCAUCGAAAACAUAAGCCAAUACUUCACAGAAGAAGUUUUCCAAUACGCAACAGUUCUCUUCACUCAUGGUGACCAGCUCGAUGAAGGACAGACAAUUAAGGAGUAUUUCCACCAGAACCAGCUUAUGAACGAGCUGUUGGAGAAUUGUGGAGGCCGCUGCAACGUCAUCGAUAAUAAAUACUGGAAGAACAACCAGCAGGAUGAAUACAGGAGCAACCAGUUCCAAGUGAAGGAGCUACUAAAGACAGUAGAUCAGAUGGUAGAGGCAAACAAAGGCAGCUGUUACACCAAUCAGAUGCUACAAACGAUGGAGGAACAAAUACAACAAGAGGAGGAGCGCAUUAGACAGUCAUCAGGAAACAUGACACAGGAAGAAGUCAGAGAGCGAGCUAAAGAAAAAGUAUUUAACAACCUUGACAUCCAACUGGCAGGCAUUGCAACAGGUGUAUUGUUAGGAGCUCUUUUUGGCACAGCAACAAUGGUUGGAAAAGUUAUUUUAAUGUUAAAGAAUGUCUUGUCAGAUCCAGGACAACUCAAAGCUGUUGCCAAAUUAGCAGGAAAAGCAACUGGAGUGAUAGGAACAGCAGUAGGAGCAGCAGCACUAGGAGCACUAACAGGAGAAGCAGCAGUAGCAGUAGGAGCAGCAGCUGCUGUAGCUGCUGUUUUUGGAGCAGUGAAAGGAGGUGUUGCAGGGUUUCAUGCAGCUAAGGGAGCAGACACAGCGCAGGAAGCAGCUCAGAGAGCAGCAAAGGCUGCCAUAGAAGAAGCACGGUCUGUCUUUAGCAGACUCUGCUCGGAAGACGAAACGGAGCAUACAUCUUUAAUAAGCGAUGAAUCGAAGAAGGGAAAUUAAGUGUGUCGCUUUAAAGUCACAUCUGCCUAAAUUACCUUUAAUUAUUGAGCUGAUAAUGUUUGCUCAUAAGUUAUAUGUCACAGUUGCACUUUUAUGAGCGUAAGUGUCUUGUUCCUUUUUCACUGAAUGAUUGAACUCUACUCAGGUUAAAUUCAGAUUGGAGAUUGUUGUACAUGCCUGAUCCUUUCCUGUUUGCAUUUUAUUGUCAAUGGUGGAACACUUUUGUUUUGGCAUUUUGGAUUUACAACUUUAAUACAAGUAUUGCAGCUUUUGAGCAGUAUUCAAAUUGUGAUACAAAGUUCUAUCUUAACCAGUGAGUGUCUGAGUCCUUGUAGCCACAGACCACAUGAAGCUGUCUUCACGUCUUUCAUGAAUACGAUUCAGCUAAAUGUAAUGUGAUAGAUUCUUUUGUAUAAUCAAGUGUAGGCCUACACUGUUGUUGCUGUAUUUCUGUCUCCUGUUGAAACAUGUCUCACUGUUUCCUGUUGCAAGAGAGGACCAGAAGAGGUCAUUUAAUGUGUGCACAGCAUGAUUUUGUUGGACCAUACUUGUGGCUAUUUGUGAAAAAGAAAUGAACAAUGAAUAAAUGGAAAGCUUGAACAAAUUA